CAAAAAAACAAAAAAAACACAACAACACUAAAGUGUGCAACGUACAAAAAAAAAAAUAUACAACAAAAAAAAAAAUACACACACACAAAAACCAUACACUAUUUUCCUUUCUCUUUCACUCUCUCUAUCCUUUAAUCUUCUUUCUCAUGGAUCUCAUUUCAAUUUUGUUCUAUGGUCUUCCUUUAUUUUACCUACUUUAUUUGAUAUGGAAGAUUAUCGAUCGAAAAAGACACCAAAAUUGUUACAUUUUGGACUAUGAAUGUCACAAACCAACUGAUGAUCGAAUGCUUAGCACAAAAUUUUCAGGAGAAGUAAUUAGAAGGAACAAACACCUUGGCCUACAUGAGUACAAGUUCCUGUUGAAAGCUAUCGUUAGCUCAGGCAUUGGUGAACAAACAUAUGCACCACAAAUGGUAUUUGAUGGUCGUGAAGCAUGUCCUACUUACGAAGAUGGUAUCUUGGAGAUGGAAGAAUUUUUCCAUGAUAGUAUUGAUAAGGUCUUGAAGAGGAACAAAAUUUCCCCUAGUGAAAUUGAUGUUCUUGUGGUCAAUAUAUCCAUGUUAGCUUGUAUGCCAUCGUUGGCUGCACGAAUAAUCAAUUACUAUAAGAUGAGAGAAGACAUCAAGGUGUAUAACAUCACUGGUAUGGGGUGUAGUGCUAGCCUCAUAUCGAUAAAUGCCAUACAAAGUGUUUUCAAAAAUGAGAAGAACAAGGUUGCACUAAUGGUGACAUCAGAGUCCUUAAGUCCAAAUUGGUACACUGGGAACGAUAGAUCUAUGAUUCUUGCUAAUUGUUUGUUUAGGUCAGGAGGUUGCGCCAUUUUAUUGACAAACAAAUUGUCUUUAAAAAACAAAGCCAUGUUCAAAUUGAAGCAACUAGUUAGGGUACAUCAUGGAGCAAAAGAUGAAUCAUAUGAUAGUUGUGUACAAAGGGAGGAUAAUCAAGGUAACAUAGGUUUUCACCUUGAUAAAACACUACCAAAGGCUGCUACACGUGCACUAGUCGAUAAUUUGAAACAAAUAGCACCUUUGAUCCUUCCUAUAAGAGAGCUACUUCGAUAUGCUAUCGCGAUUUUUAUGAAAAAAAUGAAUUGGGGAUCAACAAAAGGAGGACCUAAGCCAAUGAUAAAUUUCAAAACAGGUGUAGAUCAUAUUUGUCUACAUACUGGAGGAAAAGCAGUAAUUGAUGGUGUUGGUGCAAAUUUGAACUUAAGUGAGUAUGAUUUAGAGCCAGCAAGAAUGACAUUACAUAGAUUUGGUAACACUUCAGCAAGUAGUCUAUGGUAUGUUUUGGGGUAUAUGGAAGCUAAAAAAAGGUUAAAAAAAGGUGAUAAAGUGCUUAUGCUUAGCUUUGGAGCUGGAUUUAAGUGUAAUAGUUGUUUAUGGGAAGUGUUAAGAGAUUUGGAUAAUGGAAAUGUGUGGAAAGAUUGUAUUGAUAAUUAUCCACCAAAUACUUUGGUUAAUCCUUUCUUGGAGAAAUUUGGAUGGCUACAUGAUGAAGAUCCAGACACAUUCACUGUUCCAGAUGAUUAUGUUAUCCCAUAAGGUUUUUUUUUUUUUUUUUU